GUCUCACAUUCUCACAUCUCUGCGUCUCAAAGAAAAAAGCAGAGGAAAUUAAUAGAUUCACCAGAAGAACAAGAAAAUGAUGUCAGAGCCACUGUUGAGCAACCCAAAGCCAAAGGGUGGAUUCAGGGCCUUGCCAUUUAUCGUAGCAAUUUCAGCAUUCGAAAAGGUGGCAAGUUUUGGGCUAUUACCCAAUAUGAUAUUGUAUUUGACAAGAGAGUAUAGAAUGGAAGCAGCUAAAGGAGCCAACAUUAUUUUUUUCUGGUCAGCUGCCACCGGUUUCAUGCCAAUUCUUGGAGCUUUUCUUGCUGAUUCUUACGUCGGUCGAUUUCCGAUGAUCGGUUUUGGAUCUAUAGCUACUCUUCUGGGGACGAUUUUGUUAUGGUUAACGAGUAUAAUUCCAGAAGCAAGGCCAUCCUCAUCUUCUUGUAUUCAACUCAGUGACAGUUGCGAAUCUGCAACUACAUUACAGCUUCUACUUCUAUAUUCAUCACUGGGGCUCAUGGCUAUUGGAGCUGGUGGUGUAAGAUCAUCUUCUUUAGCUUUUGGUGCUGAUCAGCUACGUAUAGACAGCCAAGAAUCCGACAAUAACCUUAACAAUGCAAGAACUUUGGAGAAAUAUUUCAGCUGGUACUACGUUAUAAUCUCCAUUUCUGUAGUUGCUGCAAUGACUUGUCUUGUGUAUAUUCAAGAUGUAAUAGGCUGGACGGUCGGUUUUGGUGUUCCUGUUGUGCUCAUGAUCAUGUCUUCUCUUUCAUUCUUAUUGGCUUCUCCAUUUUAUGUCAAGUGUAGACCUCAGGCAAGCUUGUGUACUAGGUUUGCUCAAGUUUUUGUGGCUGCUUUUAACAAACGAAGUAUCCCUUUGUCACCACAAGGCACUCAUCAAGAAUACUACUAUGGCAGAAAGAGUGUAAUGCUUGUUGCUCCAAGCGAAAAAUUAAGGUUUCUAAAUAAAGCUUGCAUUAUUAGAAAUCCGCAACAAGACCUGAUGCCAGAAGGAAAAGCAUCAGACCCAUGGAACCUUUGUACAGUGGAUCAAGUGGAAGAGCUAAAGGCACUAAUCAGGAUAAUCCCAUUAUGGUCAUCAGGAAUGAUAUUGUCUAUAAAUCUAGUGCAAAGUUCUUUUCCAGUACUCCAAGCAUCCACAAUGGACAGACACAUUACUUCAAAUUUCGAAAUUCCUGCAGGAUCUUUUGGCGUUUUCAUAUUUUUAUCACUAGUAAUAUGGGUUAGUCUCUACGACCGCGUAAUUAUCCCGUUAGGAUCGAAAUUAAGGGGCAAGCAUAUACGUCUCGGUCUGAAAAAAAGAUUGGGAAUUGGGAUUCUUUUAUCAUCGUUAUCAAUGGCAGCUUUUGCAAUUGUAGAAAAAGCUCGGAGAGAAAAAGCAAUCGACCAAGGAUUUUCAGAUGACCCGAAUGCAAUUGUGGAAAUAUCAGCACUGUGGCUACUGCCAUAUCAUGUUUUGUGUGGAGUAGGGGAGGCAUUCAAUGCAAUUGGACAAAAUGAAUUCUACUACACUGAGUUGCCUAGAAGCAUGGCAAGCAUAAGUUCAACUUUUCUUGAUAUGGGAAUGUCCAUUGGAAACUUGUUGGCAAGUUUUCUAAUGAUUAGUACAGAUAAUUUGAGUAAGAGAGAAGGAGAAGAGAGUUGGGUUUCAAGCAACAUUAAUAAGGGACAUUAUGAUUAUUAUUACUGGCUUCUUGCAAGUUUAAGCUUGCUUAAUUUUGUAUAUUAUCUAGCCUGUAGCAAGGUUUAUGGUCCUUGUAAAGGAGAAAGGGAUAAUGCCUAGGAUGAUUUUAGAAUAGGAGAUGCCUACUAGCUCUCAAGGUCUAGAUAGAAUUUUGAUGAUAUUUGUAUGUAUUCAAUAUUGGAUCCAUCAAAAAGUGCAUAUUGUUGGUGUACGAACAA